AUGGUCACCGCUGCCGGAGUACUAAUCGUGCGAUUGGUGCGAAUGAAGACAUCAGACGAACAAGGUUUGUCGUUGUAUUACGAUGAGAAAUUCCUUGGCUGUCCCCGAACAACGCCGCUCGCGAAGGGUGCAAAGCGGGAUGCCAGUGUACCCAAGUCGGAUGUGGUACGGGCGAAGAAGAGCCGAGGAGAAGCGAUUAUGCUGUCCACGUUGUGGUUUGAGUGGUUCACGCUGGUCCCACAUCCAUGGAACCAAGGCAACGUCGGCAACCGUCAACACCGCUCGGACAUGAGCUGCUUGUUGACUUCAUGCGACUUUUCAUCGAAGGCAGGCGGCGCGUGCUUGAAGAAACUGCGUGAGCUGCACUGUGCUGGGCACUUGGAUACCCACAUUCAACGCUUUGACGGGCUGUUUCGUGCCGGGCUAGUCGAAGACCCAUCGCCUUUGUCGUCGAUUAACCAGCUACGACCAUUGCAAUUGAACGCUUCAAUUUGA